AUGGCCAUGGAUCUCGACACUUCUGCGGACAUAAAGGAAGACAGGGGCUUGGGAGAUUGGUUUCUGGUGCUAGGUGAAUCUGGUUCAAUGAAACUGACAGGAUCUGGAGAGAUUGAGCUUUUUAAUCUGCACGAUAAUGACCAGUUUGUGUCUCCGUGCUUGACGGUUCAUGGAAAGUGCAAAAGUGGCAGCGGAGCCCGCAUGCUGCAAGUGUUGCAUCCUCAGUUGCCGCCGGUGACGUAUCCUAUACACGCCGAUGGCUUCAAGGCUACCGUUAUUCUGGUUCCCGGCGAGAAUCGGUUGACUUUUGUGACGGAUACAAAGGUCUCGAGGAGCGUUGGUUGCCUGUAUGUUCCGAUGCUGCAAGAUCCACCGAUUCAUCUCUGUCUGCUGGUGGCCAGGGACUCGUCUCUCGAGUUUGACUCACCUAGAGCUCAGCGGGAGAAGGAGGGAGGCAACGGGCUGGAUCUGGCGGUGAGAAAGUUGAGAGUAGGUGCCAGGCUAAUGCAAGCGUACACGAACGAGCAAAUGAUGCGUGCCGGCUUUGGAAACAGGAGUUUCAGGUUUUUGGAGGAGUUUACGUGGGACACUACGUUCCAGCAGAAAGAGGAGAUGAGAAAUACAGUCAAGAUUCACAUACUACGCUCUGACAAGUCAACGAAGGAGAUUCGGGACUACAAUUUAGCUCAGCAGAACCCGGACGCAUCAGACGCUGGCGGGCUUUUUGGUAUUGCCAUGGAGGCCCUCCAGAAAUACGGCGGCCCCUUCACCAAAGGGCCAGAGCCAGUUCAAGCUGCGGUGAUGUUCUUAGACACACAUUGGGAUGGAAAACUCAUCACUGCGCAUGCUGCUUUGGGCGGUGGGACCGAUGAGAUAAAAUUAGCGAUCUUUGGGUCUCACGGUCUGUUUGCCUGGCCUCCUCAUAUCGAGCAAUUGGUCGCUUAUUUCACCGACGAUACAAGAACCUCGCAAAAAGAGGUUUCCAACGACUGUAAUGAAUGCGGUACACACUGGGAGACGUUCACCUUGACCUUGGGGGCGUUCAUGCAUGAAAUUGGGCAUUCACUGGGCUGUCCCCACGAGGAGAAUGGUGUCAUGCUGAGAGACUAUGUAACACUCAACAGAUCUUUCCUCACAAAGGAGGCAUUCUCGGUAAGAACAAAUUCUUUUGGCUCUCAGGCGCCAAUUUUCCCGAAAGAGGAGUGUACUUGGCAUCACCUCGAUCUGCUGCGAUUUCUUUACCAUCCGUCGUUUACGCUGCCGCAGGAUUACUACGAUCCUUCCUUUAUGAGACCUGGCAAAAUUGAUAAAUUUACUGAGCCCAAGCCAUCUCUCUAUCCGCUGGGUGACAACUUAUGCCGUAUCACCUCAAGGACCGGUAUUUACUCGAUCGAAAUGAUCUGUGGAGAUUUGUCGAAGGGUUACAUCGAAUAUUUGCCCAGAUCGCUAGGCGGUCCUGGACCUGUACGUGAUCUAACUCUUUCUUUAGAUGAUCUAGUCGCUCGCCUGCCUCCAAAUGAGCGUGGGACUAGUUUCACGUUGAGAAUAUUGUCCGUCAACGCACCAGAGAUUCAAAUCGGUAAUUUCCCGAGCUUCUUGAAGCCUAGCUUCAUAUCAAUGGAGAGAUAUGGACUUCCCCGUAACGUCCAAGGCGUGAAAUCACAACUAUUAGGCAACGAACAUGGCGGCGCAGAUAGUGGCGUUGUGGCGUUUGACGUAAGGCAUGUCAGUGCCAUAAGGGUUUACCAUGGCGGGGCAUUAGACGGAAUACGAUUAUUCUUGCAGCCAAAUAUGGGAAGUGUUAAUCCGCCGUUGCCACCUAGAAACUACAUGGAGAAACUGACGAACUCUUUCAAGGCCACUACUUUGAAUGAUGAAGCCAAGUCGAGUGUCUUGUUUGGCAGACAAACAAAUGAUUACACAGAUUUUGUACUGGAAAAAGAUGAGAUCGUUACUGGCCUGAAUGUUAGAUGCGGUGGAUGGAUUGAUGCUGUUCAAAUUGCAACAAACCACGGCCGGAUAACUAAGAUGCUUGGAAAUGCGACAGGCGGUGGUAUUGUAGAACUGAGGCCACCGGAAGGUCAGUACAUCUUAGGGUUAUACGGAAGGAUAGGGCAGUGGGUAGACGCCAUGGGUAUAAUCUACGGCAAUCUGUAA